ACAGGUCGCCGUUCUGAGACUCGUUUGGCGGGAAGGGCCACUCGGAAAGGGAAGGUUUGGAAGAGCUAAGAGGGAGAGCGGAAGGGUUCCCUGAUUCAUCAGAAGAAUACCACUGAGUGACUGUCCUUCGUUUUCUCUCUGCGAACGACGCAUACUGACCCCACAUUAUCCAGACUGUGCCGGGGGAGAAAUCAAAGACACCUGUUUGAAGAAAUCGCUGCAUCUAAAGUCACCUGUGACUUAUUGGUACCAGUGGAGACCUGGGCCGACAGCUGGGACAGGUUUGGUUAGACUCUGUUGGGCGUGAUUGUUAGGACUUGUUUUGUUUUGCUUCCCCCUCUGUUACUUCAGAUACCUGUGUUUGAGGGUCACUUGCCCUACUGAGAACGGUGACUUCACCAGGAGCGCUACCUGGGACUAACAGCAGUACCCCCGGACCACCUUUCUCAGUAGUUUUUCUUUUGAAGAGAGGUAGUGGGUGAUUGUGGCUACUUUGACUCACUGUAGAGGCCUGACUGCCCUUCUCGCCUACACUUCCAGGAACCAUGGCGGCGGGGGUAGCAGCGUGGCUGCCCUUUGCAAGGGCAGCAGCCAUUGGGUGGAUGCCUGUGGCCUCCGGGCCCAUGCCAGCACCCCCAAGGCAGGAGAGGAAAAGGACUCAAGAUGCUCUAAUUGUGCUCAAUGUGAGUGGCACCCGUUUCCAGACGUGGCAGGACACCCUGGAACGUUAUCCGGACACUCUGCUGGGCAGUUCUGAGAGGGACUUCUUCUACCAUCCAGAAACUCAGCAGUAUUUUUUUGACCGUGACCCAGACAUCUUCCGCCACAUCCUGAAUUUCUACCGCACUGGGAAGCUCCACUAUCCUCGCCACGAGUGCAUCUCUGCUUAUGACGAAGAACUGGCUUUCUUUGGCCUCAUCCCUGAAAUUAUUGGAGACUGCUGUUACGAGGAGUACAAGGACCGCCGGCGAGAGAACGCGGAGCGCCUGCAGGACGACGCCGACACUGACAACACCGGGGAGAGCGCGCUGCCCACCAUGACCGCGCGGCAGAGGGUCUGGCGGGCAUUUGAGAACCCCCAUACCAGCACGAUGGCCCUGGUGUUCUACUAUGUUACCGGGUUCUUCAUCGCCGUCUCCGUCAUCGCUAACGUGGUAGAAACAGUGCCCUGCGGGUCUAGCCCAGGUCACAUUAAAGAGCUGCCCUGUGGGGAGCGCUAUGCAGUGGCCUUCUUUUGCUUGGACACAGCCUGCGUCAUGAUCUUCACAGUUGAGUACCUGCUUCGCCUGGCUGCAGCCCCCAGUCGUUACCGUUUUGUACGUAGUGUCAUGAGUAUCAUCGACGUGGUGGCCAUCCUACCUUAUUACAUUGGGCUAGUGAUGACGGACAACGAGGACGUCAGCGGAGCGUUUGUCACCCUCCGCGUGUUCCGGGUCUUCCGGAUCUUUAAGUUUUCCCGCCACUCUCAAGGCCUGCGCAUCCUGGGGUACACACUGAAGAGUUGUGCCUCAGAGUUGGGCUUCUUGCUCUUCUCGCUCACCAUGGCUAUCAUCAUUUUCGCUACAGUUAUGUUCUAUGCGGAGAAGGGGUCUUCUGCCAGCAAGUUCACCAGCAUUCCCGCAGCCUUCUGGUAUACCAUCGUCACCAUGACAACACUAGGGUAUGGUGACAUGGUACCAAAAACCAUAGCAGGGAAGAUUUUUGGCUCCAUCUGUUCUCUGAGUGGGGUCUUGGUCAUUGCUCUACCUGUUCCAGUGAUUGUAUCUAACUUCAGUCGAAUCUACCACCAAAACCAACGAGCAGACAAACGGAGAGCACAGAAGAAAGCCAGACUUGCCAGGAUCCGGGCAGCCAAAAGCGGAAGUGCAAAUGCUUACAUGCAGAGCAAACGGAAUGGCUUACUCAGUAAUCAGCUACAGUCCUCUGAGGAUGAGCAGGCCUUUCUUAGCAAAUCCGGCUCAAGCUUUGAAACCCAGCACCACCACCUGCUUCACUGCCUAGAGAAAACCACGAAUCACGAGUUUGUGGAUGAGCAAGUCUUUGAAGAAAGCUGCAUGGAAGUUGCAACUGUUAAUCGUCCUUCAAGUCACAGUCCCUCUCUCUCCUCACAACAAGGAGUCACCAGCACUUGCUGUUCACGACGACACAAGAAAACUUUCCGCAUCCCAAAUGCCAACGUAUCAGGAAGCCACCGAGGCAGUGUGCAAGAACUCAGCACAAUUCAGAUCAGAUGUGUGGAGAGAACCCCGCUAUCUAACAGCCGAUCCAGUUUAAAUGCCAAAAUGGAAGAGUGUGUUAAACUAAACUGUGAACAACCUUAUGUGACUACAGCAAUAAUAAGCAUCCCGACACCUCCAGUAACCACUCCUGAAGGCGAUGACAGGCCAGAAUCUCCUGAGUAUUCAGGGGGGAAUAUUGUCAGAGUGUCUGCUUUGUAAGACAGAAUCAGGUCUGAGAGAAUUUGAACCCUAGCUGUGUGAAGAAUCCCAAUGUGGAAGAGAGAAGAAACAAUAAACCUUUUGCAGACGAAAACAACAAAGCGAGAAG